UCCUUUACGCUCAAUUCCCCCAAUGUCUCCUUCCUCCCCUUACGCCGCCUGUUUCCGCCCCUCCCCUCCUUCCCCGCCGCCGCUACCUCCGCCAAUGUCCGCCCAGUCCAACCUCACCACCGCCCUCUACCAAACCCCCACCGCCGCCUUCUCUCUCACCUGGUCCCGCUCCCACCUCGCCCGCACCCUCCACCUAACCUCCGACCGCCAACAUUCCUUCCUCCUCCGUCUCAAUCCCUUCUCCUUCUGGAAGAAAUCCGGCUCCAAACACCUCUCCGGCGACCCAUCUCUCAAAAUCUUCUGGGAUUUCUCCCGGGCUCGUUUCGGGUCGGGUCCAGAGCCGAGAUCCGGAUUCUUCCUUGCCCUCGUCGUCGACAACCAAAUGACCCUUCUCGUCGGCGAUUUGGUGAAGGAGGCGUACGGAAGAACCAAAGCUUUGAAAAUCAAAAAGCCCCAAUCGCUUGUGCUGAAACGAGAACAAGUUAUUGCCCAUAAAAUUUACUCGACCAAAGCGAAAAUCGGCGGUAAAAUCCGUAAUAUUCAGAUCGAUUGCGGCUACAACGACGACACGCGCCUCUGUUUCGGCGUCGACGAUGUUAAGGUUCUGGAAAUCAAGCACCUGAAAUGGAAGUUUCGUGGGAAUGAAAAAAUCGACGUCGACGGCGUUCCGGUGCAGAUCUCGUGGGAUGUUUAUAAUUGGGUGUUCGGCGAUGAGAAGGAUCAGUCCCACGCGAUUUUCAUGUUCAGAUUCGACGGAGAAGAUGAUGAACAGGAAGAACAGAGGUUGGAUACGGCGUCGUUUAAGAAGAGUGAAACAGAGCUCUGGUCGACGAGAAUGAGCUCGUCGUCGUCGUCGCUGUCGAUGUCGUCGGUGGGUUCCUCCGCCGGAAGCUCCUCUGUUCUUGACUGGACCACCGUGGAGGAAUCGGAGCUCAGCGGCGGCCCUUCUGCGUUUUCUCUGCUGAUUUACGCUUGGAAAAAGUGAAGAACAUCAAAUUGGUAAUAUCAAAUUUAUUUCAAA